UAUCUGAACGGCAAUCACUUUACGUAACUAUCCCGUUCUCACCGCACAUAUACAGUAUAUUCUGGUCUCUCGGUGGACUUAUUUGACUUAUAUAUACGGGGGGCAGCCACUGUCCCUUGCCCAUACCUAAUCACUACUCUGUUUUCUUUUUUGGUAAAAAACUACUAUGUUCUUUACACUGAUCAGAUCUACGUCUUCUGUUUCCAUCACUUUCUCUUUCCAAAUUAAUGUACUAAACCAAAGUAAAGAUGAAUAACCCGAGAUCGGCUAGUUCUUCAGUUUCUCCAGCAACUCCAGAUCUAUUAGACAAUCAUCGUCAAUCAAGUUCUGGAGAGUUCUCACGAUUAGACAAACGAACCGGACCAAGGAAGAUGACGUUUCACUCCAAGUCUAUGCCUAGAGGUUCCAUGUUUCUUGACCAAGAAGCUUUUAGAAACUCCCACGACAAGAGGUAUGACCUAUUCAGGACCAUGUCAGGGAAGCUCGAACGUCAGAUAUCGAAUUUACGUGGAAAACCCGUUGACAGCUCGUUGCAGGAGGAGGAUAAAGAGAUCACUGAAUCUCUAACCGCUGAUAGAUUCUUUGACGCUCUUCAAGGCCCUGAACUUGAAACUCUCAAGGAGAAGGAGAAGAUAGUUUUGCCUGAGGACAAAACGUGGCCAUUUCUUCUACGCUUCCCAAUAACAUCGUACGGGAUGUGUCUCGGUGUAAGCAGCCAAGCCAUCAUGUGGAAGACUUUAGCAACCACAAAAGCCGAGAAGUUCUUGCACUUGACGCAAGUGGUCAACCACAUGCUUUGGUGGAUCUCUCUCGUCCUCCUCCUCGCCGUCUCCAUCACUUACCUCUUCAAAACCAUCUUCUUCUUCCAGGCGGUACGCAGAGAGUUCAAGCAUCCCAUCCGUGUCAACUUCUUCUUCGCUCCUCUCAUAUCAGUCCUCUUCAUGGCACUUGGAAUCCCACAUUCCAUCACCUCGAAUCUUCCCUCUAUCCUUUGGUACUUCUUGAUGGCUCCCGUCUUGUUUCUUGAAAUGAAGAUUUACGGACAGUGGAUGUCUGGUGGACAAAGACGCCUCUCCAAAGUUGCCAACCCUACAAAUCACCUUGCCAUCGUCGGAAACUUUGCUGGAGCACUUCUGGGGGCAUCGAUGGGGUUGGAGGAAGGACCAAUGUUCUUCUUCGCCGUAGGGUUGGCUUAUUAUUUGGUCUUGUUUGUGACUCUCUAUCAGAGACUUCCCACAAACGAAACGUUACCUAAAGAGCUACACCCUGUCUUUUUCCUCUUUGUGGCUGCACCGGCUAUCGCUUCCAUGGCUUGGACCCAGCUUUACGGCUCUUUUGAUAUUGGUUCACGCCUUUACUUCUUCAUCUCCUUGUUCUUGUACUUCUCUCUGGUUGUUCGGAUAAACUUCUUCCGUGGAUUCAA